AUGAUUCAUUUAAGCACUAAAAGCUUUAGUAUUAUUCUUAAAAUAUUUAGAAAGAAUUAUAAAUUUCUUUGAUUGAAAUUCAUUAGGGUAAAAGAAAAAUUACCUUAGAUAAUUUCUAGAUUAUUGUUAGAUCUAUAAACUUUCUAAGAAAAUUUACUUACUUAUUUAAAAGAGUAAAUUAAACAUAAAGUGAUAAUUUUGAAAAAUCUAUCUUUCUUUGAAUUUUAGGUUUAUUUAAAGAUAAAAAAUACUUUAAAAAUUAAAAGAAUUAUUAUUAAUUACAUAUUUUUGAUUCUAAACAACAAUUAAAACUAAGAUAGUGUUUGUCUCAUUAAUUUUAUUAUUUAACAUUCAAUCACAGUUACAAAUUUAUUAGCUAAUUAGUCUGGGUUUUUUAAAGACCUUGUUGCUUAAAUGAUUAUAGAAACUAGACAUAAUUCAGAUAUAUGCUUUGUAAAAUCAAUAUAUUCUUUAAACUAAAACAAAGUUAACUAUUUGAGUUCAUUAAAAAUGUUAUGA